CUCGACGCCGACGGCGAUGGCGGCGACGGCGGCGACGACGACGACGUCGAUGAACGCGACGUCGGCGCGCUCGAGCGCGCGCGCGACGCGCGCGCGACGCGCGGAUAAAACGACCGCGCGCGCGCGCCGACGCGCCGACGACGGCGACGACGACGGACGCGCGGCGACGACGACGACGCGCGCGGCGUGCGCGGCGAUCGCGGCGAUGGCGAUGGCGUGCUCGAGCGCGCGGGCUUACGUCCCGGGAUUCUUCGCGGCGAGCGCGGAGGCGAGCGAGACGACGACGACGACCUUCGCGGGGCGGUACGCCGACCCGAAACACCCGGGGUGCCUGCGAGAGAUCUCGGCCGACGGCACGGUGCGAGGCGAAGACGGCGAUCCGGGGUGCGGGAAGACGACGCGGACGCGGCCGUGGACCCUGAGCGGGGUGAUCGACGUGAACGACGACUCGAUAUUCAUCGACUUUAGCCCGAAGGGCGGACCGGCGAACUUGCUCGGCGAACGCGUCGAGGGGGGGGUGAAAUUUCCCGACGGUAACGUCUGGCGCAAGCUCGAGUGAGGGCUCGGACGAUCGGAUUGGGACUCGGAACGACGCGCGCGCGCGUCGUUUUCGCGUCGUUCGCGCGUUCGUUGUCGCACAUUUUUCUCGCUCGCGCGUCGUUCUUGUAAUGCGCCGACGCGACGCCUCGCCGCGUAACGCGACGCUCGAACGACGCGCGUCGAUACGCGAGUCGCGCGCCCGGACGCGCGAUCGCGAGUAUGGUCUUCUCCACCGUCGCGUCCGUCGCGAGGCGCGCGAUGACGUCCGCGCUCGCCGGGACGUCGAAAACGGCGCCGAGUGCGAUCGCCGCCCCGUUCGCGCUCGCGAGCGCGAGCGCGCUCGCGAACGCGCGUCAGCCGUCGAUCGCGACGCGGCCGAUGAUCACCAUCCCAGUCGAGCGUGGGGACGCCGAACGGGCGUAUAAACGACUGCGGAGGAUCAUGAUGAGCGAAGGGAUUUAUAAAGAUUUGCGCGCGAGCACCGAGGGGCAUCGAAAGCCGUCGCAGUUGCGCGUGUUGGCGCGGAAAGAGCGCGAACGGCGGACGAAGCGGAGCAAGUUGAACUCUAAGCUCGGAUGGAUCAUGCGUCAGAAGGAGCGUGGGUUUUAGGAGGUUGGUCAUCGUCGACGAAGCGGCGGCGGCGGCUUUGCGAGGUUUUACUUUAGCGUUAGAGUUGUUUUGUGACGACGGAUG